GCACAACGGCCGUCUUCAUCUUCCGCGUAAGGACUCACUUGCACUUCUUCUCAACUCGCUUCUGUCGAUCUCCUUUUUGCCGCGCGAUACUCUCCUGAGUGUUAGCACUCUUGUUCGUCAUGGCAGAUCUAAGCAAUAUCCUUGCUGCCCUCGCAGCUCAAAGACAAGGAGGAACCCCGUCUCAAGGUCCUCCGCCAGUACCGGGUGCCCCAUUUCCUCCACCACAGUACGCGACUACUCCCAGCAGCGCAACACCUUACGGACUACCUCAGCCGGUCAGUUCAGGCAGCGUCGAUUUGGCUGGCAUACAACCAAUCAACUCUGGUUCUGUCAGCAUCGCAGACGCUAUUGCCAAAGCUCGAGGGAUUGCUGCUGAAAAAGGUGUCUAUGAUCCUAACCGACCUCCCAUGAAUCUAGACCCACGCGCGGGUAACAGAGGCUACCGACGCUCAAGAUCUCCAUCAAGAUCGCCUCCGCGCAACGCUUACCGUGACUCCUACAAUCCCUACCGAGACGAGCGACGUGGCAAUGACCGUGGUUACACCAGAGAACGAUCCCUCUCUCCAAGAGGUGGACGUCACUCACCAGCCCGAUAUCGUGAUGACCGAUCGCCUGGCCACGACCGAGGCAAUGAAGGAGAUUCCGAAGUUCUGCCUCUGGACAAAGGAGUGGUAGGUCUUGUCAUUGGACGGUCCGGUGAGAAUCUACGAAGAAUCGAAAGUACUACGGGUGCUCGUGUACAAUUUCUCGACGGUCCAGAGGUUGCUGGCACCCAAAGACACUGUAGGAUCUCUGGUAGCCGAGCAGCCCGUUCAGCUGCUAAAGGGGAGAUUUUCAAAGUCAUUGAUGACAAUGAAGUGGUCAAGAGAGGAGACAGCAAGCCACGGGGACAGAGUAAAGCCGUUGUUGCUACGACCAAAGAGGGUGACAGCCUUCAAAUGAUGGUGCCCGACCGGACUGUGGGCUUGAUUAUUGGUCGAGGCGGAGAAACAAUCCGUGACCUGCAGGAUCGCAGCGGAUGCCAUGUCAACAUCUUGGGAGAAAACAAGAGUAUCAACGGAUUGCGGCCAGUGAAUCUGAUCGGCAGUGUUUCGGCUCAGCAGUACGCGAGGGAUUUGAUCAUGGAAAUCGUGGAAAGUGAUCAGAAAGGGAUCAGUAUCAAAGACCUUCACCGAGAGCGAGAGGAAUCUCAAGGCAAGAUUUCUGAGACUAUCUACGUGCCUGGAGAGGCUGUGGGAAUGAUCAUCGGAAAAGGUGGUGAGUCAAUUCGUGACAUGCAAAACCAGACAGGAUGCAAGAUCAAUGUCUCUCCCGCUGCCGGCCGGGACGUUGAACGCGAGAUCGGUUUGAUUGGCAGUCGACACGCCAUUGAGGCGGCCAAACGUGCCAUUAUGGAUAAGGUUGACACAGUGCGUGCUCGAUCGCAAGGCCAUGAUAGUCGGGACGACAUCACCGACCGAUACGCAUCACAACCACAGCCCAGUUACGCGCCGCCCGCAGCGGCCGCUCCCGCACAAGCGGCUGCACCUCCGCUCGCAGCCGGUGCUGCUGACCCUUAUGCCGCAUACGGUGGCUAUCAAAAUUACCUCCAAAUGUGGUAUGCAGCAAUGGCGGCACAGCAACAACCAGGUGGCCAAGGUCAAGGUGAGCAACGAUGAGGCGCGUCGAAGGUGACCGUGACCUGGCUCGUGAUUGGAAUUUUUGCUUUUGGCGGAUGACCUUGAAACAUUCGACGACCUGACCCGCCUCCCUUGGACUCUUGGCUGCGACAUUACACUCUUACGCUCUUGCUCCUCCGCCAAUACUGUGCACAUUGUGACCUUGCCGCGAUCGAUGCAAAGUCCUGAGCCUGACGCCGUUGCUUCUCACACUGGUGCACGAUGCGCGAACAUAUCAGCGUGAAACGAAUCGGUUGAUUGAUGACCCUCGUCGUGUCGCCAUUGCAAGCGCGAGCAUCGCUCUUUGCAUCAUACACACCGAUGCCAAGCUUGGAUGAAGCCCUCACUGUCAUGACUUUCGGGCUGAAGUGUCUUGAGUAUCCAUUGUGCAGCGAUGAACCACCUCGCAUUCGUUGCGUGAGAUGACUUGCGCCGGGAUAUUGAAGAAGGAACAUGAGCGCUUGACAUGAUUUACUGCUCGCGGCGUGACAGUGCUACUGAUUAACAAUUGUCGGAUGUAUCAUUCGCUUCUGGCUCAAUAAGUACCUUAGGAAUGUGUAUUUCAGGACCGCCUUGCAUGCGGAGAGCUAAAGUUGGGGUUUGGCAGGCGUGGCAGGGAACCUAUCGGAAGCCUCACUGGCCAUACUUGGAACUAGUCCUGAAAAGGGAACACUAAGGAAUUAACCAGGAUUAAAUCAAGGAA